AAAAAACAUGGCGUCUGACGAAGACUCGGGAGAUUAUUUUGUCAGAGAAAUAGAGAAAAAUGAUGGGUCUGUAUUGAGAAUGUAUCAGUGCAGUAAAGGAGACGUGGGCUGUGUCGUAUGGGACGCUGCUAUUGUCCUGUCAAAAUACCUCGAAACGGAACAGUUUUGCAGUAGUGGGUCCGGUGUGAGUAUGUUGUCCUGCAAGAACAUUAUUGAACUGGGCGCAGGAACAGGACUCGUGGGUCUCGUGGCUGCAUCUCUGGGGGCAAAUGUCACAUUGACAGAUCUGGAAGACCUGCAGCAUCUCCUUCAGCUGAACAUUAAGAAGAACCAGCAUCUCAUCCACACAGGCUCAGUCACAGCCAAGGUACUGAAAUGGGGGGCAAGUGUUGAAGAUUUUCUACCUUAUCCUCAUUACAUUCUGAUGGCUGACUGUAUCUACUACGAGCAGUCUGUGGAGCCACUAGUGGAGACUCUAAAACUCUUGGCUGGACCAGAAACAUGUAUCAUCUGCUGCUACGAGCAACGCACUGUUGGUGUCAAUCCUGAGAUAGAGAAGAGAUUCUUUGAGCUGCUUCUGCAAGACUUCCAGUCAGAGGAGAUCCCGUCUGAGAAACAAGACCCUGAGUUCAACAGUCCUGACAUUCACAUUCUCCACCUGCGGCGAAGAGUCAGAUGAAGGACUUUUGUGCUCCAGUGUUUGAAAUAGUGUGGAGGGGUUGCGUGUUUUUGCAUUUUAGUGGAUGCCGUUGUUGUUGUCCGGAUGUCUGUUAAAGUGUCUAUUCUGUAUAAUGACUAUUUAAUGCAAUGAUUUUCUUUAUAAUGUGGUCUUGGAGGAUGGCCUUAAGGCAAUAGUUUACCCAAAAAUGAAAAUUCUGUCAUUAUUUACUCCCCAUUCACUUGUUCCAAACCUGUUUAAGUUUCAAACUCAAAGGAAGACGUUUUGAAGAAACAUGAAAACCUGUAACCAUUGACUUCCAUGGCUUUUGUUUCUCCUACUAUGGGAGUCAAUGGUUACAGGUCUUCAGCUUUCUUCAAAAUAUCUUCUUUUGAGUUCAACAGAGGAAAGAAAAUUAAAAACUUUUUAUAACCA